CGAGAAGAGCUGAGGUGAGAAUACCGUGGAGUUCAAUGGCUACGUUUUAUAUCUCAAGGUAAAGUGAUCGCUUUGUUUUCUUUAAAUUUACCCACCGCUUUACUUCACCUUUACUCAUGUCUUCUCUGUUUAAGUCCUCCUAACGAUUUUUUUCGGAGUGCAUGACCGCAUAUGCUAUUGCAUGUAAGAUCCAUGGACUCGACACGUGUAAACUCCUCUGUUUGAUUUCAGAUUUUUUGACAUAACAGGGAUUUUGCAUUGCUUAAUGAUAUUUAGUAAAUUAAACUUUCAUGUAAAAGCUUUCAUAUAAAAUCUUUCAGGUCUCAUCUUAAGCAUCAAUAACUUAAACCCACAAACGUGCUAUAUGAACAUGCGUACAUGGAAUUGCAGAUCCCGUUUUAGAAUGUCACCUGACAGACAAGAUUUGAUAAAAACUUUCUUAGUAGAUUUUGGCCUCUAUUCUUUAAUUUUUAGGAUUGUUUCACUCCUUCUGGUGUGGAUAAUUCCAGAAAUUAAUGCCGUGGAUAAGGGAAACUUUAAGAAGUGUGAGCAAAGUAGCUUUUGCAAGUAAGAUGGUUAAAAUGUUACAUUGUGUUAUUUAUAUGAAGAGUUGAUUUACAGAAAAAAUUGAAGUAGAUUCUUUUGGAUGUCUGCUUUUAAAUUCCGUGAAGUUAUUUGGUUCUUUUGUGGGAAGACAGUUCGUGAGCUAGGCUGUCUCUGCAAGACAAGGUAGCUUGACUUAGCUCAACUUUAUUGUGGGGUUUUUGUAUAUCCAUAGGAGUCCAUAAUAGACAAAUUGCAGUCAAGGGGGUAGUUGAAGGGUAAAGGCACAUGCAAGCUUCUCCCCUCUGGUAUACUCAUUUAAACUAAAAAUAAGAUGCUGAUGUGGGAAAUUCUGCCCAUAACAUUCAACUUUUCUAGAUUAUAGUUUCCUGUUGCCCGCUGACUUUGUAUCUUCAAGUUGAGGGUUGCUGCCUUCUUAAAAUGAGUUGUAGAAACAAUGAACUUCGACUGGAAACUAAAAUCAGUGACAUUAGUACCUCUGAUGAUUAGAACAGUGGCUUUUCUUGAUUAAGUCCACCUUUGUUAGAAGUUCUGAGUUACACAUUAUUUUGAACCUGAGAGAAACAUUUAAUUAUGUAGUCUGUCCACUCAGGUAAGAGUUGUUCUGGGGAGGACUGUUAUAAGGAGUAGUGGUUGAUGUUUCAACAACCUUGGUAGAAGAUGUUAUAGGGAUUGAGCGGCAGGGGUUUCAUUUAAGGCUAGGCACUUGGCAAAUUGUUUAGUUAUGAAGAUGGUUUUGCCCACCUGGUUUGACCAUCUUGAGGAAAGUUCAUCUUGUAAAGAAGUUCAGUUCAAAAAAAUUUGCCCGCUUGUGAAAAUUAGUUGUCCUCCAGCUGAAAAUGUUAAUGAAACCCCUGGAGCUGGACUUGGUAAAGUUUUUGAAGGUCAGUCACUACUAAGGCCUUUUCGGACUACUCUUAUGUGGGCAAUUAGACUACAUGAUCAGAAAUAUUCAUUUCACUGAGAAGCACCUCCAUCGUACCCCUCCCCCCCCCCCACUACCCAGGCUUCAUUAAUUAAACUCAAGCGAUAAGGUAGAAUUGCCAGAAACUCUGUAUUUUGCUAAAGUUGGGUUCAGGGGUAUAAAUUUCGGUGAGUAAGAAAACAGCCAAGUCAGGGAGAAAAUGAAACAUUACAAAACUUUUGUCACUGAUUGUACAUCAACAGUCCCUUACCCAACUUGUCUUCAAAUGUUUGAUUUAUUUUGAUUGGAUGCAAUCACAUGCUUGAUUGAUCAACUGAAAGUCAGAAUUGGGUUUAGGGUAUGACAUUGAAAGAAUGAAAAAUAUAUUGUGGCUGUUUCUCUAAGUUUGUGGAGUAAAAUUUUUGUUAUAUUUGAGAAGGAAUGAAUUACAUUUGUUUUUAUUGUUUUGUUUACAGGAAUAAUAGGGAAAUUCAACCAGGAGAGUCUCCAUAUUCAGUAGUCAAAGAUUCUCUAGUGUUUACAGAUUCCUCCCUUGAUGUUAAUAUACUAAAUAAGAAAUCAAAUGUAUUACUCGGUCUAAAGCUUCAAACAUUAGAAAAAAAUACAGUAAGAUUUAGAAUUAAUGAACGGAACCCAAUUAGACCAAGAUAUGAAGUCAAAGAUGUCUUGAUUCAAGAACCAAAGACUAUAAGGUAAGGCUAUGACUUAACCUUUUUGUGGUCUGAACUUAAAAUCUUUGAGCAAGUGCUGUAAUGAUCUGUGCUUUGUGCAUGUUUUUCCUUGACAUCUCAUUUACUGGCUAGGCUCUAAAGAUAUGCAUGUUUUUUUUUGCAAACCAGAUAAUAUUAUUUGCCCACCAUGGCUGAUAAUUUCUUUUUCUCCUGGUAAAUUAAGAACUGCUCUUCGAUGUUACUGACUUCUUAGACACAUUUUGAAUUUACAAUGAGAUAACUUUCAUAUAAAUUAAUAGAGGGGGUAAGUUUCUAAAGAAACUGUGAUGCUGCAUCAGUGGGAGAGUAGUGCAGGGUAAUCUAGAAUUAUCAACUGAGUUGAUAAUGUGAAUUGGCCACCCUAAACAGUCAGAGCUCUGAUGAAGGUCUAACACUUGAAACUUUAGUUUUAAAACUUUUUACAGGGGCCAAUUUAUGUUAUCAACUCAGUCGAUAUUACUAAAUUACUUUGAGAUAAAUUGUUUUGCUAGCAUAACAUUAUUAGAUGUUAUGUAGAGAAACUAUUUAAGAAUGUAUUUUAUCAUGGACGAAGCACUUGAAAGAUAUCAGAAAAAGAUUUGGCAAGGUAUAGUCUCAGACAAACUAAAAUAUAGAUGCAAGAGAAAACUCUACUUAAAAAUCCAUUGGUGGUCAAUAUCUUAACCCUUAAACUCCCAACAUCUCAUUAGUAACUCUCCUUACUGUCAACCAUACAAUUAUUAUAAUGUUAGUUCAGAGAAUUUAGUAUCGAAUCAACUAAUUAAUCCCAAAUCAAUAUUUUUCUUUAUUCUCAUCACUUCUCUGGUUGAUAAUGUAUCUAUAAUGUAAGGAGAAAUUCUGUCUUGGUCACUUAUGGGAGUUAAAGGGUUAAAAGAAAAUUGCUCCACUAAUUUACAAGCAGUAUAUUUUGAAGAGAUUGAAAUCCUGGGGGAGAUAGGCAAUUCUUUAUUGUACUCCUAAAUAUUUUUUGUUUCAGUUGGUAAUUUUGCAUCCCCCUGACUGGUUUUGUAAUGGUUUUAUCCUUAAUUUUUUUUAUUUUCAGUUUGUUUGUUUUUAUUUUCUUUCUAAGCAGGUUGGUUUUAGGUUUGAAAGAAAUAGAUCUAACAUUUUAGAUAUUUAUCUGUAGCCUCUGUUUGUUCUAAUAUUUAACUGCUUUCAUUGAUAUUUUUCAGUAACCAAAAACUCAAACAAGAUGAUGAGAGUGUCCACAUUGGAUUUAAUAACAACAGUGUUGUUUUAACAUUUGAACCUUUCCGCCUGGAUUUUUUGGUUGAUAAUGAAGUGGCAGUAUCUGUUAAUUCAAGGGGGCUGAUGAAUUUUGAGCAUUAUAGAGAAAAACAGUAAGCUGCAAUCAUUCUUAAACUUGAUAUUAUUGCUGUGCAUGUUAGGGGUCCACACUAAAUGAAGGUUCCACUCCUGAUACAGUAGAGGUGGUAUUAAUACAUUAUCAGCUUUACAUUAUCUCCCUCUGUAUCCCAACUAGGAAAAUUCCCGUCAAGGUUGAAGAUGACGAUGGAGAAGGUCACCCACCUGGAGAAAAUGAGGAGGAAAAGUCAGAUGAGCACCCAGAAUCGGUAUGAGAAAUUCAGGUUUUAACCUUUUUGCACCCUAUAAUCAGUAUGCAUAUUCUCCUUUCAUUUCCUUAGGUACUGACAAGGAUUUAUACUUGUGAUGUCAAUGUAUGAUUUGGGGUGGUAUUUAUUUUCUAGGAAGAAAAUGCGGAGAAAAAAGAAGAAGAAGAAGAAAGAGUUGAAGAAGAAAACUGGGAAGAAAACUUUAAAGAGCAUCAUGAUUCUCGACCACGAGGUAAUUCAACAUAAGUUCUGUCCAUGCAGUAAGUAAUCCCUUUUUAAAAAGCUCAGAAGGGAAAAAAAACACAGAAAAGAAAAGCUGAAACUUGAUGUUACACUGUAUCUGUUUAACCCUUAAACUCCCAGAUCAAAUUUGCAAUUCUCCUUACUUUCAACCAUACAAUUCUUAUAAUGUUAGUUCAGAGAAUUUAGUAUUGGAUCAACUAAUUAUCCCCAAAUUGAUAUUUUUCUUUAUUCUCAUCUCUUAUCUGCUUGAUAUUGUAUUGAUACUGUAAGGAGAAAUUCUGUCUUAGUCACUCGUGGGAGUUAAAGGGUUUAGAUAUGGACAUGUUUACAAUUAUGAAGAAUUUGGUAAUUUUUGCCUAUAACCCUUUCUUUAAUCAAAUGUGAAACUUAGUGGAAUGCUGCCAUGCAUGUAAGUUUGUUGUCAUGGUAUUUACUGUACCUUUAAACUUUCAUCAUUCAGGUCCCUGUUCUGUUGGUUUGGACAUUUCAUUCCCUGGUGUUGAACAUGUGUAUGGAAUCCCAGAACAUGCAGACACCCUAGCUCUCAAGACAACAGUGUAAGUUCUGCUGUAGAGGGAUUUUUACAAUCAUGUUGUACUCCUGGUAUGGAACCUUUGACUGAUUGUAUCGAUGAUGAAAUGUAUAUAUAUCAAAUUGGUUCUCAGCAGUGAUUCAAUAACGUUUCCAGUAUUUAUCUUAAUUUUAAACAGAGUUGUUAUUUUUAUGCACAUCCUUAUAUACCAGGGGUGAUAAAUGGUGAAGUCCUAGACUCACUAAGACACUAGGAUACCUGUCUGAAAAUUUUAGAAGACUUCUUUUAAACAAAACUCUUUUUUAUUGCUAAUAACAGCUGUGAGAUGUCAAUUUAAAGAGAAGAGACUUCAAGACUAGUCACACAGACACUACUUUGAGAAUUAACUAGACCUAUGAUACACUGGUCCAGAUGGUCAGGCAUUAAGGUGCUUCUGUUUGAUUGCUGUAUUUUCAUUUUUCAGUGGUUCAGAGCCAUACCGUUUGUACAACUUGGAUGUGUUUGAGUAUGAGCUGGACUCCAGGAUGGCUCUUUAUGGCAGUAUUCCUGUCAUGAUUGCUCAUAGGUAAGUAAUCACAGAGUUAUUCACUUUCACUGAAACUCACUGGUAAGUUUACAAAGAAGAGGUUUGAUCUGAAGGACAGUUAUCAAAUUCCAUCAUACUCUGAUUUCUGAACUUUCAGUGUUGCACGCACAGUUGGUGUGUUCUGGAUGAAUGCAGCUGAAACGUGGGUGGACAUCAGUUCAUCCAGUGCCAGAAAGGUAGGAGAAUAUUUUCUUUAAUCCAUUUUGUCACUAACUGUUCAAACCUCAAUUGUGACCAUUAUCUAUUUCCUCCCUACAUUAACACUGCUGAAUCAUUCACAAGAAUAAGAUCAUGAAAAUAAAGGAAAUGAUCACCAACCUAAGAAGCUUUGAUUGAUAAAUGAAUUCUCAUUGUGAGUACCAAAGGAAAUGUAUAAAGAAGAGUAUAGAGAAUGUGGAUACUGAUGUUAGGGUGUUUAAGGUUAAGAUAGAAAUAAGAAAUGAGGUUUAGGGAUGAUUUUUAGGGGUGAAAUAGCACAAAUUCCAAUUAACAUUAACAUAUUAACUAUCGUAACAAAUAAAUUUGAUUUUCUGAUAUUCAAAUUUUCAAAUGAGAUUUUUGUGCAAUUGAAAUCAAUAGAUAAGAUAACAUGUUUUAACAUCUUCAAAUACUUCUUUAAGGUUCUAAUUAAAUUUAAUUAAAGAAAUAUAAAUUUGAAACUAUGGUAAACUUGUUUAAUAAUCUCUGAAUUAAGUGAUAUUCAAGUCUAAUUUUGAAACUUAUUUUAACUGGUAUUGACAAGGCUAACAUUUAAUAGGCUCUCCUGGAUUAAUAAAGUAUACAUAUGGUAUAAUUAAGUGCUAACCUGCUUCAGGUCAGAAAUGUUUUUCAUAGCUUCUCAUAAUGAGAUAUGUAGUUUAAUAAAGCAGGUAAUUUAUGUUUCAUUUUGUGAGGUUAUGUCAAAUGCUCUAACACUGAACCAUUUUGAAAUGCCUUAAAAUUUGCAAUGCAGAAACUCCUUCACACAUUAAAUUAUUUGAAAAAAAGUAACAGUUAUGAAUAAAAACAUCGAUUUUUUGAUGAGCAAAAAUUAGAGUCUUUGUCAUUUGAUUUUUUAUAAAAACUUAUCCAUAAAUUCUCUUCAAGUGGCAUGCACAUACAUAUUGCAUAAAAGAAAUCUUGCAUCCAAUAAAUUGUUUCUUUGAGUGGAGCAUUGGACACAACUGAGCAUUAGUCAACAUAAAGUUGACUAAACCAUAAAGGCCUAGCCUACUCUUGUGUUCCACUGUUCUUUUAUUUUGCAGUCCAUGUUAAACUCACUGAUGUCCUUUUUCAAGGGAAGUGAGGAGGUCCCUCAGGUGGACACCCACUGGAUUUCAGAGAGUGGCAUCAUUGAUGUAUUUGUCAUGUUGGGUCCAAAACCUCAUGACCUGUUCCAAGAGUAUGCUGCAUUCACUGGCACAACUGCCCUGCCACCAGUAAGUCUGGCUUCUUUGUUUUAUCUGGCUCCAUAUCAGUUUUCACAGCUCUCACAGAUGAUUUCCAAUUUUUCUUUAAAUUCCUUUUUGAAAAUUCAGAGUGAAAUAGAUUUUACAAACUGAUAUCCUGACCCUGAUUGUUAAAUGGAUGGAUAACUUUAACUGACAAAUGAAUUGCUAUCCAGGGGAUAAGUGUUAACAAAACGUACUGCGCUAUCCACCUGAUCGAGAUUUAUCCAAGGAAUAACUUUAUCCACUCAUCGAUCAACUGAGGCCUGGUGUAUAGUGAAAGUCUAGACUAAUAGUAAGGUCUGUGCAAGUCAUUUUCCGGCACAGAAGUUGAGCUGAGUUUUUCCUUGUUUCUGAGACAUGAAAUGGAAUGAAUAAUUUUUUGGAACCACCUUUCUAAAAAUAGUAGAGCAUUUAGAUCUCAUCUUUCUAAUCUUGCAUGUUUGAUGAUCUCUUUUGAUAGCUUUUUGGAAUUGCUUAUCAUCAAAGUCGAUGGAAUUACAAUGACGAAGAUGACGUCAAAAAGUAAGUUGCACUUGAACAGCUCUGUUUUCUUCAUCUACUAAUUUUUUUGUUUAUUUUCACUGCCUCAAUGAGCCACCAAAGUGAAGUAGAUCCUGUAAUCUGAUUGGCUCCCUUUGGCCCUGAGAAAGACAAAAAAUUGCCUUAAUGCAUUAACUUCUGGCUGUCGUUCUUUUUUUCAAUUGGAAAAAAACAACUUAAUCUACCAAUUUUUACUGCAGUAGAGGCUCAAUAUUAUGUCUUGAAGACAACUCAAGCGAAGCAAAAGGAUUUUGUGAAAAAAAUUGUAACUAAGUGAAAUUCUUUGGUCAAGGUCCAUUCAGGUCGAGGAAAAUUUUUGGGAAGGCAUGGAAAUCUGCAGUAUCAUUUCCAAGGCUGUAAUUUAAGUUUGGGUGAUGGAAAGUUAUUGAUAGAAAAUAUAUGAAAACUAUAUCGCUUUGUUCACUAUAAUGCAUGUCGUAUCUAAUUAUAAAGCAAUACUCUUUGAUCUGAAAUAAGCCUUCAUAGCUAAGCGGUGUGUUUUACUUGUGGUUUUUUCAGCGUAGAUAAGGGUUUUGAUGAUCAUGAUAUUCCCUAUGAUGUUCUGUGGCUGGACAUUGAACAUACUGAUGGAAAGAAGUGAGUACAAAAACAAAUGCAUGAAUAAAUGCAUUCACUCCUCUGUGUUCUUUCGUUUGAGCGGCAACCUUCAAUGAAUAGCUUGCAUCCCGACAUACACAUUUCUGGAAAUUACCGGAAGAAAAAAAAACAAACAAAAACUAAAAGCCGAAAAGGGACAUUCCAGACAGACUGUCUGACGAGCAAAAUUGUAUUGGUUAACCAAAUGGUUAUCAGGACUUGAUUUUAAAUAGAAAUCGUUUAAGCUUAAAUUUCUGCUCUGUACAUCGGACUUAAGGGUAAAAGAAGUCAGUCUCAGAUGCCCACAUCCGAUCUUUUAAAGCCAGGCUCUUACCGUCAUUUAUUGGUGUUAUUAAGUGGAAAAAAUAACAGCCACAGAACAAACAAAAAAAUAUGAUUUCAAAGUAUUCCUUAACGACGUGCCUCAUCAUAAGACUCAGAUCAGUCAUAGUUGUCUUUGGCGUAUAUUAUUUGUGGUAAUUUACUGCUGCGGUGUUUACCUAUUUCAAUGUAGGUAUAUGACUUGGGACAAGAAUAAAUUUCCAACGCCUGACCAGAUGCAGAAAAACUUGGCGUCAAAAGGUCGAAAGGUAAAGACAUCAACGAAUAGUUAUCAAAAAAUUCGAAUGACGAGAUCUAGAAACUUUCUCUUCUACUGAUUCUAUUUAUAAUCGGUCAUCGUGGGCGCGUAUGUCACAAGGUUACGCCUUCUUUUUCACGGCGAAGAUGAAAAUUACACGGAUUCUGCAGCAUACUUUUUGGUUAACCUUUUAAACUUGCAAUAGCACUAUUCAUGAAGUGGAACUACCCCUUACAGCAUUAAUACAUUGCAUAGAAGGUUAAGAUAUAAAGAAGACAGUUUUUCUCUAGAUCGUGGUCUGAUGAGAAAUUCUAAUUGCCAAUAACUAGAACUUGAGCAGGAGAAUUUUAGCCGUUUGACAUAAAUGUGAGAGGCAAAACGGCUCUAUACAAAAUUUGCUCAAUUUCGCAACUUUUUGUUGAGUACAGUGCAUGAGCAUUCUCUCUGUUUGUUUUUCUUUUCACUUGUUCAUUUAUCUAAUAAAUUUUAUUGUAUUUUAUAGAUGGUUACUAUCAUUGAUCCCCACAUCAAACGCGAGGGUGGAUAUCACAUUCAUGAGGCAAGUUAAUAGAGAUCAUUCCAUGGAAAGUGCGCACGAACGAUUUUUGUUCACGAGUUGCGAUGCAUCAGAAGAACGAACGAGUGAGUCUUGAUGCAUCGCAGUGAGUCACAGUCGUUCGUUGAGUACGUGGGAAAUAAAAAUCUUUUAAAAAUACAUUUGGUUUUCGAACCUAGGAUUUAACCUUACUCUUGUGGUUUUCAAUCUUCUUUGCUCAGUAUUCACUUAAGAUUCUUUGUACCUUUCCGAUCUCAGCAGUAUUUGGAGUGUAUGUAGCAGUUCAGUUCUAAGACAUGGCACCGCGAUUCCGAAGGUCUUAGCUUCGUAUAGUCAUGGGGUUUGUUCAUUUUUAUGUUUAAAUCUCACAGGAAGCGACAAGACUAGGUUAUUAUGUGAAGAACAAAGAUGGCGGAGAAUACGAGAACUGGUGUUGGCCAGGUGAUGCUAUGUAUAUAAUAGAACGAAUCAAAACGCAUCGCAAAGUGGUGGCGAAGUGACUUUUAAUCUUUAAGUAUAAGGCACAGUAAUAAGUGAGGAAGGCGAAAGUUUCACUAUUCCCCUACGAAGAAAACCGCGUCAUCAGCCGGUAAAUGACCCAGAAAACCUUCAGUUUUUUCCUGCCUGACUUUCACUUUAACGUAAUGGUGAAUGAGAGUUUAUCAUGGCACCAUCAUCGAUAUAAUUAAUGAAAACUGAAAAUGGUUGAAUUGAUCUGCUAAACGGUAGGCUUAAGAGAAAGAGAACCGUUUUUAGCGUCCUUAUGUAUAAUUUCCUUAAUUCAUAGGAACUUCAUCGUGGAUCGAUUUCCUCAGUCCGGAAAUUCGCAAGUGGUGGGGCAGUAAAUUUGCUCUGAGCGAGUAUCAGGUAAGUCACAUUUUGGGGCAAUUUGUCUCCGAUAUAAGGGUUUUGUAAAGUUUACUGCAUUGUUAGUAUUUAAUUCGGAGCUUUCUUCACGACGACACAGAGCAAAGAUGAGCUACGAUUCCGAGAGAGUAAUUAAAAAAAAAUUAUCACAUGCAUCUUUUUCUUUUAUCUUCGAUCUCAAAGAAGUUGGUUAGGUAAUGCUGUUGAUCUCUCCAAAGUCAGAAUAGCAAAGAGGGAAACGGCGGGGAAACUCAUGAGUAAACGCAUAAGUUAAAAUACAUGAUUUAGGAAGUUUGGACGCAAACCUGAGGAAGUGUUGUCGAAUUAUCUUCUCUGAUCAUUUGUGAUGUUUACUUGUAGGGCUCCACAGAAACUCUUUUUACCUGGAAUGACAUGAAUGAGGUUAGUGUAACUUGAGAACUUUUUUUUUCUGGUAAUAGUAUAGUAUGAGAUGGCUCAAAGGCAGGGCUGGUCGUAGUUUAUCUAAGAACCAGCCAUGAAGUAUGUUAUUCGUUUUUACCGCAACGUUUUUCCUGCCUUACAGCCCUCGGUUUUCCAUGGACCGGAAAUAACCAUGCAUAAAGACGCGCUUCACUUCGGGGACUGGGAACACCGCGAUGUGCACAACAUCUACGGCUUCUAUCAGCACAUGGCAACAGUGCAAGGACAGAUAGACCGUUCAGGGGGAAGGGAAAGACCGUUUGUCCUGUCGCGAGCUUUUUUUGCAGGAACCCAAAGAAACGGUAAGUAAUUGUUAUCUGCGAAGAAAAAAUAGAACAACAAAAGCAACGUGAUACCGGCUUGAAAAUGAUGUUCGUUCAUUCCUAGUGACGUGCUAAACAGGAUACAAAGCUGACAAUUGAAGCGCUUUAAAAUUGAAUUUAGCAACCAAGCUUAGCGCACCAGGCAAUCACUAAAAAUUAAAUAUUGCAAGGAGCCAGUGAUAGCGUAAAGUAAAACAAAUAAACAAAGCGCGUGGAACACAGAAAAACGCGAGUGACCAAAUUGCGAUUUUGCAUCUGAUUGGUUGAGAGAGGAUAGCGCGGAAGUUCUAGAUUAAUCAAACCAAUGCAAUCCCGUAAUGAUUUGGACCUCCAAACUGAAACUUCCCAAUGGAGGCUUCUUGUGCAUUUAGCUUACCGGAACUGUUAAUUGAUUUCUAGGUCCCAUUUGGACGGGAGACAACACGGCGGACUGGGGCCACCUAAAGGCAUCUCUUCCCAUGAUCCUCACCCUGAACUUGGUUGGGCUGCCGUUUUCCGGAGGUGAGACGAUUUUGGAAAUACUCAAGUUCGUAGCUGCUUUGUUUCCACGACGGUUGACUUCAUGUGGUUUUCUUUUGUUUUAUUGUUAUUAUUAUUUUAGCUGAUGUCGGUGGCUUCUUUAAAAAUCCUGACCCAGAGCUGUUACUCAGGUGGUAUCAGGUAGGUUUUCUUUCUUCGCACAUGAUUUAUUCGUUUUUCUCCUUUUUUUUUCCUUUUUUUUUUCUUAGCUAAAUUAAGGGGGGUUUGUGGGGCAGGAACAAAGAAAGUUUGCUCGCGGCCUUCGCUGUUUUUCUGUGCCUUUUUUCCAACAGAUUUCCUUCACUUGACUCCAGUGUGUUUUUAUUGGGUAAUUCCAAUUGCGAUUUUAUCAUGACUUGUUAAGUGGUGGCAUUCAGUUGGAUGUCGCUCCAGUGAUCCAUUUCCCUUUUUAUGGACGCGAACAGGUCGCUUGCACCAACCGCAGGUUUAAUUUUUGGGAAGACGCAUGUGUGAUUUUAACCGUUAUUGGAAGCUUCAAGCAUGAUGUGCUAUUUGGACUGUCACUAUCAACUGGGGCGAAGGAAAGGUCCACACUCUAACGCCUUGUGUUCCAAUGGGUGUUUUUUGUUUUUCAUUUUUUUCAGGCGGCUGCCUUCCUGCCAUUCUUCCGCGCACACGCUCACUUGGACACCAAACGCCGGGAGCCUUGGCUUUACGAUGAGCAGUAUAAGAAUCUGAUCAGAGAUGCCAUCCGUGUGAGGUACUCACUGCUGCCGUAUUGGUACACCUUGUUCUACCACGCCUCUGAGACCGGCACGCCCAUAGUCAGGUGAGUGUUCAGGAGUAUAUUCUCGUGAUAAGGUAGACAUGUGUUGAGAGUAUGAAAAACUAUCAACCAUGGGAUAAUGUUGUGUGUUAGAACACCAAAUUGUCAUAACUGAUGCACUAGACAAUGUGCUAGUCAUUUUGGAGAUUUAGUCUUUAGGUCCAGGGAAUGACUUUUCAAACAGUCAAACCGCGCGUUUGAGGUGUCUUGGGCUGUGGGAUCUUAAUACGUUUAUGUAUGUUAUGUGGCUGGUUUAUGCAUUAGAGAUGAGCUUUUCAUUAUCCUAGAGCAUUAGCAGUAACACUGUUGAACUGUACCGGAGUUAACUUGAACAGAUGUACAAACCAAAGGUUGAGCAUCCAAUCGAAGAAUAUACGGAUCAAAUGUAAAACUUUGCAACAUAUCCAGAAAGAAAUUCGUUUUCGAUCCACUUUCACAGUUUUGAUUUCUUUUGUUUAACUGAAUGGCUUUAAAAAUAACGAGCAGAAAAAGUAAAAUAAAAGUAACAUUGACCCUUUCUCGUUAGGCCUCUGUGGGUGGAGUAUCCAGAGGAGAAGAACACUUUUUCCAUGGAAGAUGAAUUUUUGCUCGGUAAGUUUAGUCUUGUGAGUUUAGUCUUGUGAGUUUAGUCUUGUGAGUUUAGUCUUGUGAGUUUAGUCUUGUGAGUUUAGUCUUGUGAGUUUAGUCUUGUGAGUUUAGUCUUGUGAGUUUAGUCUUGUGAGUUUUAGUCGUGUGAGUCCAGUCUUCGAUCCAGUCUUCGAUCCUCCCGAGAAUUAACUACCAGAAAGGAGCACGGGCUCAUUUCCCGAGCAGUGGGCCCGGGGGAGUGAAGAUUCUCGCCCUCCCCCGCCCUUAACCCCCGUCGUCCACUCUUACUCCAAAUGGCUAACGAUCUCGAGCUUAUAACAUUAGCUUGCCCUAAUAAGACGCCUGCACUGCAGGCUGGAGAGAAAUCAGCCAUUAAUUAGCUAUUCCGAUUACCUUUUCAGGAAAAGAUCUUCUCGUUAAACCAGUCACGACCCAAGGACAGAACUCAAUAGACGUUUACCUUCCAGGAAAAGGAGAGGUAGCUUAUCUUACAUCAUAACUUUGUUUGUCGAACGUUCCUUUAUAAAAGACUUAUCUUAAUCAGCGUAACUGUUUUUUUUACUCUAAACAGUACUGGUAUGACUUGCAUGAUUUCAAGAUUUACCGAGGGGAUAGUACAAUCUACGUGUCUACACCACUCGAGAAGGUAAAUUCAUCAAUUUAAUUCGUACCACAUGGAUGACAAAUUUCAAGUGGCUUUCAUUUCCUUCCUUUCUGUGAAUCAAUAUUUUAGAGGAUUUAGAUCAAAUCUCUCACCUUUUGGAAGAACUGGGCAAAGUAAGUUUUCCCCUCUGUCUGUGACUAAUUUUGUAGUGUUAAAUUUUUAUUGUAGAUCCCAGUGUUCCAGCGUGGAGGAAGCAUCAUCGCGACCAAGCAACGAAUUCGCCGAUGCAGUGCACUCAUGCACAAGGAUCCAUAUACGUUAACCAUGGCCUUAAAUCCCAGUGUAAGUUUAGGCAUAUGACUACACAAUAUUGAACUGAAAACUGAACGAGAGAACCUACGAACAUACGUGCGUACGUAUAGACGGGCGGACGGAUGGAUAGAUUAACCCCUUUCAACUGUAUAUGCGUGUUUGUUGCCAGUUUUACUUGGCUGUUAUAAGGGAAUUUAGAAAGUCGCGACUGCGACGGAAACGAGAAUGUAGCGAAACUAAAGAUUUAAUUAGAAAAACAAUAGCGGAACACGUGUGUUUUAAAAGUUUGUACAAUUGCUAGCCGUUCCAUACAGAACUAAAACGUGAAAUCGCCAAAUUUUACGUUCUCUUAGCGUGGAAACCUCGACAGCAAUUCAGUCACGUUUUAAACGUUUUGAACUCAACGCUACAUUCACUUGUUAUGCCGAAGUAACAAUGUCGGACCGUCAGAAACGUUGAACACAUCGAGCUUUAGGCGAAAAUCUUAGAAGGAAAUUUAUUACGUUAUUUCGUUAACUUUUUACCACACGACCCCGUAGUUACAUUUCAAACUCCCUAUUAUUACAUCUGAUUUCUUAUAAAUGUCGGCCCUAUCGAUGUUAAACAGUCUACAGGCAAUACUCCCCUCGAAAAGUCCGGAUUUUAGCCUUGGCUGGGUUAUUAUGUUAUGUUCUAAGCUGAGAUUCGUCAGUCUCGGAGUGUCUGGCAUCACUUUGAAGUAUUGACAGAAACCAACAAAUGCGUGGGGCUAACGUGCGAUAGGUAAGCAUUCCAUUAAGGGGUAGGGGGAGGGGAAGGGGGAGGGGAGGGUUGGUAUUGAACACUCCUAUUCGCACUAUACUCUGAUGGAGGGAUAAGUUCCGGUAACUACACGUCAUACCCAAUGCUGGGUCGUACCGUGCAUCCUGAAACUAAAGAAUCCUAUUCAAUACUUGCGCUUACUUUCCUUCUGCGCAGGCUGAAGCAGAGGGAGAUCUUUACGUGGACGAUGGACACACCUUUGACUACAAGAAUGGCGCCUACAUUUACAUGAAGUUUUCAUUCCGUGGCGGACGAAUGGUGGCGAAGUAAGAUCACUUUUCUUGUCUAUUUCUCGACGAGUCAUUACAAUUCAACUUGGAAACAAAGAACAUAGGGGCACCUCACAGAUGUGUCCCUGCUAAAAUGUGUUAUAUUUUGUAUUGAUAUUUUCUGGUAAUUUUGAAGCAAGGAUCUUUUCCGCCUCGUAGGAAUGCAUCCAAACCCAUUCCUCUUCAGCCUCAGACUGAAGAAUCAGGGAUUUUAUCGUCAAUGUGGAACUUCCUGUUAGUAGAUUUGUUCUUGUUGUUUCUUUUCGAGUAUAUUUUACAUCUUGAUGGCGGUUUCUGAUGUAAAUUCGUCACAAAGUUAAACGUCUAUCUAAAUAUUCUAGAACUGGGCGAGAUUCGAUUAAAGCCUCCAGCUUGCUUUACAAGUGUGAGAUGCCGCUGUCUUUCUUCCACAAUUGACUCAGGAAUACUCGGAUUAAAAAUUCGACUUUUCCCUUCAGAUUUUGACCUUUUAUUUUCAUCUUUGUUAUUAUUACUAUUAUUAUUAUUAUUAUAAUUAUGAUCAUGAUAACUAUUAUUAUUUUCUGAUUUUGGCUGAGAACAUCAUCUUUCAUUUUCAUCAAUAGGCUGUAGUUAAAUUUACUAUCUUCAUUUUCAUCACAAGGCAUUCUUUGAAUCAUUGUCAAAAAGCAUACCGCUAACAUUGGUAUGGCCAAGGUACAAGACGAUUACCGAAGCUCCGUGGUAGAAAAUCCUAAAUUCUUACCCCAUGGUAAUUUGGCGCAACUGCAAUAGGAGUCAUUUUUCCCUUUCAUUGCCAUGCUGAAGAUCGGCGUUCUGUUGGAUUUCUGUUUCUCUGACAAACGUCAUUGUUUACUUUUAUCUUGAGGUUAAAAGCGAGUAUAACAUCUUUAUUUACAAUCAUUCCAAAAGGGAACACAUCGUCACAAAUCCAAAGUGUAACCAGCAUCUACUUUCUCCUUACAGUUUUGCUCCUGAAUCAUUCCUUAAGAUCACGAGAAUAAAUGAAAUGAUCGCCAACCCAAGAAGCAUUGAUUGUUAAACGAAUUCUCCUUGUCAGCACUAAAAGAAAUUUGUAGAGAAGAGUAUGGAGAAUGUACAUGGAUAAUGAUGUUAGGGUUUAAAAUUCAUAGCAGUAAGUGGAAGGGUUGUCAUUUAAACCAGUUAGAGUUCCCCGUAGCUCAGUGGUAGAGCUUCCGCAGUGCAAAUCGAGAGUUGCUAAGUUCCACUCUUGUUUUUUUCUCUUUUUUUUUGCAGGCGGGAGACGCCGAACACUCAGUACACUACCGCUGCUUGGAUAGAACGCAUUGUCAUUCUUGGAAUAAGUAACGCUCCUAAAGGAAUCUUCCUUACUUCUGAUGGUAGGUGGCUGGAUCAACUUGGUUUUUCUCUUUUUUCUCUUCUGCAGGAAUUCAGUGACUUAACACUCCAAUCAGAUAAUUUUCCAGUGGUGUAGUUGUGUCUAUUUUUUUUCUUUGUCUGUUUGUUUUGUGCAUGUGUGUAUCUCAAAUGUAGCCUCAAACACCAUGCUUGUCUCGGCACUCUUCCUUGUGGGGGAGCUGUAAUCGAGGAGCGAAACAGCUCUAUUAACGUCCUUUUCACGGCGGAAAGUCAUCUCCAAGGAGAGGAAACCACUUGACUAUGUGUACAAUAUUAUCAUUAAGCUGAAAUGUGUUGAAUUUUUUUUUCCGUCAUUUUUUCUGAAGGUGGAGAGAACAGACACCUCCAGUUCACACAUGAUCCCUCGACUCACACGAUGACGAUCAAAAAGCCUGGGGUUAAUAUAGCUAAAGAGUGGACAAUAACUAUGCACGCUUAAAUUAGAUUUUCAGUAAAUUAUCAGCUUUUUUACACUUUUUUGGGAAAUUGUUUUCACAAUGGUGAACAGGACGAAUUCCUCUCGUCUUUAAUUAGGCACGGCGACACUGCCACUGGGAGAGAGAACUUUUGUAACAACUUACUGUAAGGAAGGAAUUAAAGUGAUUUGUACAAACAAAGUGUUGGUGUGUAUGUGACAAUUUCUACGCACAAUCUCGUGAAAGCACACGCUCCCCA